AAAAAAGAGAAGAAGAAAUUGGUUAAGUAAAAAUUAGAAUUUAUCGAUUUUAUAUAAAAGAAUCGUAAACAAAAAUGUCUGAAAUUGGGGAAAUAUUACUAAACUUAACAAAAGCCACUGAAGAGAAAGAUGAGACAAAAAUCAUAGAUAAUCUUAAGGUAUUUCCCAAAGAAACGCAACUCAAUAAUAUUUUAUUAAUACAAGAAUUAUUAAAAUUCGGUAACAGAGACAUAUUAAAAACAACAACAGAAUUAGUAGCAGAGCUGGCAAAACUUGAAUCCAAUCGGAAAAUUUGUACCAGUGAAGAAAUUAUAAAAGAUCUUUUAAAUUUGUUGGAAAGUAAUGAUCCUGAUAUUACUAUAAAUUCCAUAAGAGCCCUUGGUAAUAUUUGUUAUGAAAAUGAAGCAGCUUGCUCCAUAAUUGAUAAAAUUGGGGCUAAUAAGUUAUUGUCAAUUUUAAAAGAAGAUUGCUACAGAGAAAAUAAUGAAUUGACCACAAAAACAGCUGGAUUACUGCUUAAUUUGUUUAAUUACAGUGACAAUUUAAUAAAGUCAUCUUUAAAAAAUGGUAUACUUCCCAUAGUGGAAAAGUUACUUCUUAAAUAUUCACAACAGUUUAAUAAGAAUGAAUCAUUACUGAUGUUUUUAGUAUCCAUUAUUAAUAGUGUUGAACAUUUCUUAGAUGAACAGAAUAUUCCAUUUACAAAAGAGCUUUGCCAAUUAUUGAUUGAUAUAUUUAAACAAUCGAAAAUUCCUGAAAUAUCUAUACCAUGCUUAGAAAUAUUUCAUUCUCAGUGUGAACAAGUUUCUGCUUCAGAGGAAAUGAAAACCCUUAUUGCCAAAGAAGGUGUCUGUGAAUUAUUAUUUGAACACAUAGAAAAAUAUAGAGAACUAGCAAUAGAUGAAGAAAGCAGAGCUGUGUUAAAAAUGGCAUGUGACUUUAUUGUUGUUAUUUUAACAGGAGAUGAAUGCAUGAGUUUGCUGUACAAAGAUGGUGAAGGGGUAGUCUUUCAAAACAUUAUUAAAUGGUUGAGCAAUGAAGAUCCAGAUUUAUUAAGUACAGGUGUUUUAGCACUCGGUAAUUUUGCCAGAAAAGAUGUUCACUGUAUUCAUAUGAUGAAAAAAGGGAUCUCCAAGAAGCUAAUAGAUAUUUUGAAAAAGUAUAAUACAAGCACAGAAAUAGAAGAUGUAAAAAUUCAACAUGCCUUGUUAAGUACUCUAAAAAAUCUUGUUAUCCCUAAAGAAAAUAAGGGAAAAAUUCUAAAAGAAGGCCUGAUUGAUGUUAUUUAUCCUAUGAUAAAAAUUAACCAUGAUUUGGUUGUUUUCAAAUUGUUGGGGACAUUUAGAAUUGUUAUUGAAGAACAAGUAUCUGCUGCUUUUGACCUCUUAUCUCGUAAGGACUUUAUUGAAAGGCUGGUGUAUUGGUGUUACAAUUCUGAACAUCUUGGAGUUAGAGGGGAAGUACCAAGAUUGCUGGCCUGGUUGAUUAAAUAUUGCCUUUCUGUUAAACCAUUUACAAUGUUACUCACUGUACCAGAAUGUAUAAAAUGCAUAGUUGAAAUGAUUUCCUCCAACCAUGCCAUAAUGCAUAAUGAAGCAUUUUUUGCUUUAAAUCUCUUAUAUGUAGGUUGUCCUGAGUUAUCCGAUGAAAAUAACGAUGGCGAAAUUGCUUUAAGUCGACUUGUCACCAUUUUGGUAGAUUCUAAAAUUGGGAAAAAUUUAAAUUUUGUAUUGGAUAGAUAUGCUGAUAAGAUGGAUAGACCUACAAUUGAGAAUCUUGUUAAUUUUGUAGAUGGUUUAUGCAACUCGGAGGAGUUGGUUGUACAUUUUAAACUUGUUGAUUUAAUUACCCCUCUUUGUAAAUUAUACCAUAAUCCAAAUGUAUGUAGGAUAGACAAGUUAGAUAGAAUUGAAACAUUAUUAUCUGAAUAAGUUUUUUUUAGAUCAAUACAGUAGUAUAGUGUAUUUAUUCUUUAUCUCAGUAUUUAAAAUUUUCAGCUCUAAUACUUUUGUCAACAAUGUUUUUAUAACACAGAUAUAACUAUACGAUUUUUGAACUACACUACUCCACUAAUUAUUCACCACACUGUAGAUUCUUAUACAUUUUUGUGGAUGUUUUGGUGUGGAUAAUUUUUUUUGGGAUUAAAAAUGUACAACAGCCUAAAAAAUAUUUUUUAAAUGUAGCUAAAGGUAAUUUAUAAACAAUAAUUGGGAGUUGUGUUAUGAAACGAGUAAUAACAUGUCUUAGUAUUGAGUAAUUAAAUAUAGAGAAAUUGAUUAUUAAGAAAAAUCUUACAGCAAGAGUUAAAUAAAUUAUAAUUAAUAGGAAAUUAAAAUCUGGAAAUGCUGUAGCUAGGUAGAGUAUACUCGGAUAGAGAAGAGCAUAGAAGUGACAAACCUGUACGUCUGUUAUGACUGCUUGAGAUAAAAAUUGUUUUUUUUUUUUUUCAGAAAAAACUUCAUGUGAUUGUAAUUCAUGAAUCUUUAGGUGACCAUAAAAAAGUUUAAAACCAAAUUUUCAUAAUACCCCCUUGACAUUUUGUAAAAAAGGAAAAUGCUUCUUACAAAAGUUGUAGUGAACAAUAUUUUCUAUAAUUUAUCUCAUUUGGUCACAGCUCUGCAAUUAAAAAUACCAAAAGUAGAAGACCCCCAAGGUUCCUAAAAACUUUUCGCUUUUUCGGCCAAAAAAUUUUUUUUUUAUGCCAAAACUAAACUGUAGGUGUAAAAGUUGUUCGGCACAUAAGUACCUACAAAAUUGAUAACAUUAUCGGAGAUAGGGUUCAUGGUGUCUCAAAUAUUUUGUGAUAUACAAAAAAUGUUUAUAAAAUAGGGCAUGACUGACAAAUACAGAGUUAUGUCCGUGAUAACUGCACUUUUUGAAUUAAAUCAAACUAAUAUUUGAAAAGAAUUGUACGCUUCGACAUACCUGAAAUUUUCCAAGGUCUACUUUGGAUGCAUUUUUUGUGGAUUACUAUAUAAUUUUUUGAUGUGACACGAAGCUUGAUUUUGACUUCUAUAUUGAAAAUGAUUAAAAUUUGUAUACAGUAUGUUAACCAAAGCAUCAAGCAAAAUAAAUAUGACACUUAAUUACAUUUGGACGUGAGAGAAUAACUUUGUUUAACUACGCCCUUUCGAUGAUAAGGAGGGUAUAGUGCAAUCCAUAGUCGGCGAUCAAAGCACAGCACAAAUUUCAGUAUUAGUGAUGAGCAUAAUUCGAACGAUUAUCAUAAUUGGUUGAUCACUCGGAUGACAGCUUGUCUGUCUAAAAUCGUCGAUUAUCAAAGUAAUCCAGUUCAAAAUAUACCGAAAACACGAGACUUGCAUCGUCUUUGGUAAUUUGUAGCGCUGAAUCAGGUUCUUAUAAUCUGUUUGAGUCUGUUUAUAGUAAUGUCGUCAGUGUGAUAUUUUUUCAAAAUGCGCUCUAGAGCGAAAAAGUCUGUGGUCCGGAAAUACCCAAAAAUCCUGCAGAUAAUAAGAGUCUGCAAAAAAAGUUUAAUGUGAUCUCAAAUCUACCGUAUUUAUACACUAAUCAUUACAGUACAAAAGUACAUCAUCAUGGAUUUCAUCAACGAUAUCCGUUCAUUAUACUUUUCAUUCAAAUACUUAUGAUUGGAUGCUUAAAAGCAUGGUUAUACCUCUACAUAUAGUGGAUUAGCAUCUAUUGUUCUAUUUCUUUCUAUUCAACAGCAUCGUUGUCUCUUCAAGCGCCGUGAAAUGGGCGAUGAAUUAAUUAUCCCCUUUCAAAUCACCUGGAGAGGAUGCAGGAAAUAUAUUUCCUGCCCUUUUGCAAAAAAGACAGGAACCCUUGCUACCCCUCCUUGUGAAGCUAUAGGCCUUGCUACCAAGCUCCUACCGUCCAAUCUGCCCAACAUUGAAAACACUAGAGAUAAUUCUAGAUAGGCAUAUUAGAGAAGGACGCCUUCCGGCAAGCCUGUUAAACUCCUCCCAAUAUGCAUAGCCAAGCAGGCAAAUCGACAGAUCAUGCUCCGCACAAUCUUGUAGGCAAAUCGGCCAUUCCUUAAAACAAGAGGAGAUUGCGCUGGUUGCCUUUCUAGACAUAGAACGCGUGUUCAAUAAAGCCCUUCCUUAGAGUCUGUUCGCCUCUAUUGAAAGAAGAUGAAUCGACACUGACCUGUAAUUGGAUCAAAAGCAUGCUUACAAAUCGGAACAAUAUUUUCAUCACUGCAGAGAGAAUCAGGCCUGCCAGAGGAUGUCCACAAGGCGGCGUACUUUCACCCCUACUGCUACCAUUCUGGUGGAUAACCUGCUAGACGAUCUCUCUCGGCAGGUGGUGGAUUUCCAAAGGCCUGAAUACGAUCAACAGAUUGUGCGAGAGGGGGCAGAUGUCUGUUAACCCCCGGAAAACUGUCAUCGUCCCCUUCACCAAGAGAAGAAAACUCGACAAGCUUCGACAACCUACCUUGGCCGAGGAAACCAUUCCUUUUGUGGAGAAGGUGAAAUAUCUGGGGAUUAUCCUAGAUAAGAAACUCACCGGGAACCCUCGCUUGGAAAAAUCAUCAACAAGUCCAGAUUAGCCCUUUGGAGCUUCAGAAGGAUACGCGGCAAAUCAGUCCUCAGCUAAUUCACUGGAUUUACCAAAACGUGGUAAAACCUAUGGUAACGUACGGUUCCGUCGUCUGGUGGGACAAGAGACUUCAACGGAGGGCCCGAGCAAAGUUGACUAGAAUCUAGCGGCUUGCAUGCCUCGCCAUCACUGGGGCAAUAAGCAAUAAGGUAUUUUUCGCGACAUAAACGGAUUAUGUUGUUCGAUCAUGUUCGUCUAUCCCCCCACCACAUAUAGUAUAUGUUGGCGCGAAAAUGGAAAAUCCAUGCUGUUUUGAAAGUGGACAAUAAGGUAUUUUUCGCGGCAUAAACGGAUUAUGUUGUUCGAUCAUGUUCGUCUAUCCCCCCACCAUAUAUAGUAUAUGUUGGCGCCAAAAUGGAAAAAUCCAUGCUGUUUUGAAAGUGGG